GGAUUCCUACCACCGUUCCGCCAAACUCGAUAUCAUUUGCGUGAAUGGAGGGGUAAUAAUAGACCUCGCACCCAGAAUGAGCUUUUCAACUUAAGGCACUCAUCCCUUCGUACUACUGUUGAAAGGGCAUUUGGAACUUUAAAGAACCGUUUCAAAGUUCUGACAACUAGGCCUUAUUAUCCCUUUCCUUCACAAGUUCGAGUCGUCAUAGCAUGUUGUAUCCUUCACAACUGGAUAUUACUAAACGGGGGUCCUGAUGAACUAGUCUACAGUGAGCAAAACUGGUUUGAGCAAUAUCCAAGAUCAGUUGGCCGUGUCCAACGGGAUUUACGUGAGGAACAAAGGGAGGUGCUUAGAGAUAGGGAUGCCAUGGCAGCCAAUAUGUGGAGAAAUAGGCAUAAUGUUAGACGUGGUUGAUUUUUUUCAAACUUUCUGUAUGAAUUUGUUGAUUCUAAGUUGUAUUAUCACUUAGAAGAACGACUUGUGUGUUUUCUUUCUUCAACUUGUAACCAUGAUUUCUUUCCCUUGGUACGAGUGCAAUGCGAUAUGCAUCUCAGAGGUGUUAUUCUGUCUAUGAAUUAUAAAAUUUAAUUGAUGCCACAGGGAUAUGACGGGUAACAAUGUGGUGUGGCAGCCCCAAGUUGUAGAUGAAAUGCUACGUUACUACAAAGAGAAGAUUCAGUCUGAGGGAAAACAAUUUGUCUUCAAAGAGACACAUCAUGAGGAGUGUGCAAAACAAAUCAAUGCAAAGUUUACCACCGCCUUCACACAAAGGCAAGUUUAUCACAAGUUCCAUAAGCUGAAAGGUCAGUGGAAGAUCAUACUAGAGGCGAAGAAUUUAAGCGGUGCCAAUUUUGAUGAUGUCAACAAGAUAAUAUUAUAUGAUGAUACCGAAGUUGUACGGAUGAAGAACAACAAAGACAAGAGGGCAAAAUAUAUCAAUGUGCCUAUUGCCAACUUUGAUGAGAUGGAGUUCAUAUUUCAGGAUAAGCAUGCUACCGGAGAGUUCACUGUCCUUCAAACACCCUAUGACCGUGUUCAUGCUCGUGACAAGGAUUUUAUUGGUGACGCCGAGAAGAAUGCGAUUGAUAUUGAGGUUGAUCCUGCAACACAAUAUGAUUCAGAUUGUCUUCCUGACGACACCAAUAAUGAAAGCUCAUCUUCGAAGCGUCCUAGAGGUGGCAAACAUGAUAAAGGUAAGAGGGUGAAGUGUGAGGAGAGUGUAGUUCAAGACAUGACGCGGUCUCUGCGUGAUAUGUCGGAUACUAUGCGUUUCACACACGUGACCAACCCGAAUGAGAAUUUAUUCAAAAUAAUUGAUGACAUGGAAGAAUACCCUCUAUUCGUCCGACUUUCACUGCAGACAUCUUUGGCCACCAAUGAACAAGUGGCGUCCAUGUUGAAGGGGAGGCCGAUGGCUGCUAUUCAAGAGUUUGUGCGGCGCUGGGUCCGUGAUAACUUUCCUGAACACGUUCAUGUUCCUCCUGGUGUGUGA